AUGGCAGCCUCAAUAACUAGAGCGACACCUUUCAGGCCUGGCCGCCGGACACUUCCGAUUACUAGAUCUCCCCUCUUCCGUCAAUCAUCCACGCAGAGGCAAAAUUGGGCCAGUCGUCCAUUUGAUGUUGCGAAAGACAAUGUUGCGCAGCUGGCUGCAAGUCCCCGCCAACCUUUGACACUUGCAGACCUAUUAAAACACGGCCGCCCACCAUUGAACAAAGAAGCUCUCUUAGCCUCGGCCAAUUUCACACUCUCCCUCCUUCCUGCCCGACUGGCUUCUCGGAUUCAAGCAUUACGAAACCUCCCCUUUAUCGUCGUCUCGAACCCUCAUGUCUCUAAAAUUUACAAUAAUUACCUCCAUUCGCUUUCCACCCUCCUACCGUACCAACAACGCCGCAUCACGACCCUCGAAGAAGAGAAACAGUUUGGAGAUGUACUGGCAGACCUCGUACAAACGCAUACAAACACGAUUCCUAUCCUCGCCCGCGGGUUUCUAGAGUGCAGGAAAUAUGUUAGCCCGGCUGACGUCACAAGCUUUCUGGACACGCAUUUGCGUGCGCGUAUUGGAACGCGCUUGAUCGCCGAGCAGCACCUGGCUCUUCACUACGCCUCUCAGCCCGUCAGCGAUAACCCAUCCGAUGGCGCCGACGCUCGUGCCAUUAAUUCAGUUCCGUCAAAUUACAUCGGCGUUAUUGAUACAGCUUUGCAGCCGGCACGCAUCAUUCGGCUAUGCGAGGAUUUUGUCGGAGAGAUCUGUGAACUCAAAUACGGAGUGCGACCGCGUGUAAAGAUUGGAGGCGAGCCUGAAGCCUCUUUCGCUCACAUCCCUGUGCACUUAGAGUACAUUAUCACGGAAUUGUUGAAGAACGCUUUCAGGGCUUCCAUUGAAAAUGGAAAUGAGCGUGAGCCCAUUGAGGUGACAAUCGCUGCUGCUCCAGAUGUCCCCGGGAAGGUGCUGCCUGUCCAGGGCGAUACUGAUACCGGGUUCGAGUUCGAUUCAGAGGUCAAUGAGAAUGAAAUCAUUGGGUACUCAGCUCCGUCAUCCCAGAGCAUCACGAUUCGCAUCCGUGACCGGGGUGGUGGUAUUCCUCCUGAGGUUUUACCCAAUAUCUGGUCGUACAGCUACACAACUUUCUCUGAUUUGGACUACCAAGGCUCGGAGAACGGCAAUCUUGAUGCCUUGAACACCAUCGCUGCUAGUGGUGGUCACGUCAGCAGUAUUGCAGGCCUUGGCUAUGGGUUGCCGCUUAGCCGAGCCUACGCUGAGUACUUUGGUGGCAGCAUUGCGGUGCAGAGUCUUUGGGGAUGGGGCACCGAUGUCUAUCUGACGCUGCGCGGAGUUGGCAGGAUUGAUUGA